ACGGAUUCUAGUGGUGAUGCGGAAAUGCACCAACUGAGGUAAUGAGGGGAGAAAUUAGGUAAGGUAAUUUGAGCGCCACAAAUUUUCAAAUCCUCCAUUGCAACAACAACAACAACAGCAGCAGCAGGAAGAGGAGGAGGAGACAUCAUACACACACACACACACACACACACACACACGAUGGGGCAGUUUUUCGAGACGAUUCCAGAGUACCUGAUGAAAUGGAUCCUGGAACAAAAGAUGUUCUGGGUGGCCACGGCGCCGCUGGCGGCGUCCGGGCACGUCAACGUGUCGCCCAAGGGGGGCCCGUACUUUGGCCUGCUGGACGACCGGACGUUCUGGUACAUGGACCUCACGGGCAGCGGGACCGAGACGAUCGCGCACCUGUACGAGCCGGGCAACGGGCGCAUCACCGUCAUGUUCGGCUCGUUCGAGGGCCCGCCGCGCAUUGUCCGCCUCUUCGGCCACGGCACCGUCCUCGAGCGGCCGGGCCACGAGACCCGCCUAAUACCGAUAAGAAUAAGCCCGGAGCGGGGCGGGGCGGGCAGCACGUUUGACGACUUUGUCAAGAAGCACGACGUCGAGGUCAUCCCGAGCUCCCGCUCCAUCAUCAUCGUCCGCCUGCACCAGGUCGCCAGCUCGUGCGGCUACUCGGUGCCCUUUUACGAGUUCAAGGGCUUCCGCGCCACCCUGAAUGAGGUGUUUGCCAAGAAGGAAGAGAAGUUCGUGCAGGGCGCGUCGGAUGAGAGCAGGGAAAGGUACUGGGCGUACAGGAACUCGUACAGCGUGGACGGCCUGCCAGGAAUGCGCAUCGGUUACGAGACGCACAAGAGGGAGGGGAUCGCGCCCAUCGAGAAGAUGGUCGGCCCCGCCGCGCCACGGGGUUACGCAUACCGCAACAGCCGGAGCUUCAGCGCCUGGCACCUCGUUCUCGUCGCCGUGCUCUCGGUCCUCUGCACCGUGCUGUCGUUCCCCUUGCUCGUCCCAUUACUCCAACGCAUUUAUGAUCCCGCCGUUCUAUCAUCGUUCCGCUCUUCUUAAGGAAGUUUCUUUCCAUUUGAGUUAUCUCACGCCUCAACAUCAACGCAACUUUCCUCCUUUAGUCACGUUGAUGGAUGGCGAGUAAGACAGCAUAAUUAAUUAUGACCUGAUGUCACAUCGAGCGUUACAUGAUUAUGAUUUUCCAGCUAUCGAAUGUCAAGAAAAAAAAAG